AUAUUAAUGAAUUAGGAUUGUUCAAAAGUAAUUUUUCUAAGUUUUUCUUUCAUCAUUUUCACUUUAUACAUCCUUUAUUAUCACUUACUAUACAGUGUAUGAUAAUUUAAAGGCUGGAUUUAUAUCUUAGGGAAGUUUUGUUCAUUUUAAUGGUCAGUUUUAUCUCGAAAAUGGCAGGAAAUUUUAUUGUAAAACCAUCUGCUCAACAUACAGCUACGGUUAUUUUUUUGCAUGGCCUUGGUGACACUGGGGAAGGUUGGUCUGUGGGUUUUGAAAACAUCAAAGAACCUCACAUUAAGUACAUUUUUCCAAAUGCUCCUGUAGCACCUGUCACUCUAAAUGGUGGUUUAAAAAUGCCAUCAUGGUUUGACCUGUAUUCUCUGAGUCCAAAUGGUAAAGAAGAUGAAGCUGGUAUAAAGAAAGCAGCCAGUGAAUUAAAAGAUUUAAUAAAAGAAGAAGAAAAGAAAGUUCCAGCUAACAGAAUUGUUGUUGGAGGCUUUUCUCAAGGAGGUGCUCUAGCACUCUAUACGUCUUUAACUUGUGGUAAACACAUUGGUGGUAUACUUGCCCUUAGCACUUGGUUACCAAUGAACAAGAGUUUUCCACAAUCAGCAAAAUUGAACUCCAUUACACCAAUAUUUCAAUGCCAUGGCCAGGCAGAUCCUGUGGUUCCUUUUCAAUUUGGAAAAAUGUCUGCUGAUCUGAUUCAGUCGCUACCAAACACAAACUUUGAAUUUAAUUCUUAUCCAGGUCUUGGUCACAGCUCUAGUUUACAGGAAAUGAAAGACAUUAAAGUAUGGCUUAAAAAAGUUCUUCCUUCAAACAAUUGACUACUUUGGUCAAGAUUGUGAAUAAAGUGAUGAAAUAGUUUGGUAAUUGUACUGCACCAACAUACAAGAAAUGUCAGGAUGUAGUUUAAUUUGAGGAAUUCAUUUAUGGAACAUUAUUACUAUUAGUUGAUGAUAAAAUGAUUGAAGAUUUUUUCCAAACUUCAAGCAUACAUUUGUAAUAUUUAUUUCAAAUGUUAGUUAGAGACAUUACAUAAUUGUAAUCCUUGUCUAUCCCAACUCACCCCUUGUCAAGUGUUGGGAUGAGAAUGGAUUGAAAAGUAUAAUAGAAGUGAGUUUGCAUUUACUUUUAAAACAACAGUUUUUUUCAUUGGUUGAAAUGAACACAAUAUUGUAAAACAAUGGUUCUAAAUCAUCAUCAAUUCUCAUCAUUUUAUUGUAGCUAUAAAACAUUUUUUGAUUUGAGAUUUAAAGAAUCAUUUACAUGCAAAUAAAUAGUUUUUAAUUGUUUAUAUUAA